CACAGCGUGAGCCUGCCUGUAAGUCUCCAUGAGCAUUCAAUGUGUGCAGAUCUCUCCUUGCAGCUUAUACCUGUUAGGAUUUCGUCAGUUCCAAUUGUUCCUUAGUUCUUCAGCUUUUCUCACCCUACCUCAUCUUAAGAUACCCUACCUAUUUUGCUACUGUUUUCCUUGAUGAUAGAAGAAACCUCAUUUUUGCAGUGGAGUAAGUGGUCAGAUAUUUCACUGUAGGACAAUUGUUGAUUUAUGCAUAUCCCAAUCCUUUGCUCCUAGAAGAAUCAGGAAGUAGUAGCAUACUCUCAUGGGUUUAUCUGUAUCACUUGAUCUCUUGCUACCGUGCACAAAAAUGUGGGAGUUGGACCAACUAAAAUUUCAAGAGAUCUAACUAAGCCUAUUAAGAUACCAGAGCAGAGCUGUUACUGGUUAGAUUCUUUCUCUAGUGACCCUACUUGUUUUCAGGUGUCACAGAUGAGCUUCUAGUGAGAGUUCUAGGGCCAUGUGAGAUCUUGGGUCAUCAAGCAUGUCAGAUGCAGUGGACUUUUUACCCUGUGGUGUCUGGGUUAAUAAUUGGCUCUGGAAGACUUGAGAAACGUUUACAGCUUGGCCAUUGCCAGGUUGGGACGCUAGCGCAGCUAUCUCUGAUUUUGUUGUUGUUUUCUCCCAUUAUAACACAGAUAAGGCAGAAAAGGGGCCUCAUGACACUGGACUUUCUUCCAUUGCCUUCAGAGCUUUAUCCAGGAGGAAUCAGUAAAUCCUCUAUUAUCUCCCCCCCCCCCCCAAUCUUUUACAGACCAUAGGAGAUUCCAAAUCAAUUCCGACCGACUCCCCUCUGGGUUGCAUUCUCAACCGGUAGAAGCAUCUGUCUACACACUCUCUUAAAAGAAACACCCUAAUCCAUUUUUGUAAUGUUGAUUGGCCUCAAUAUAAAUUAGUAGAUGGAGAAAUUUGGCCUGAAAAUGGAAGCCUAAAUUUUGAUACCAUCUUCAAACUUGAUUAUUUUUGCAGGAGUCAGGCGAAAUGGCCUGAGAUUCCAUAUGUCCAGGUCUUUAUGGAAUUAAGAUAUAUGCCAAGUAUAUAUUGUGCUUCUACAGCUGAAAAGUGUCUAAACCUGCAUAGAAAAGAUCCAGAUCCCCCUUUAGUUCCCCAGUUUGUCCCAAAGGUGGAUCAGUCAUUUCCCAAAGGGGAAACCGACUCCCAACUGAAACACCCAGCCCUGCCUGAGGAGAUCAUCUCAUUUCCUUUGGCACAGUUUACUUCUAACCCCUUAAUGAAUGCUCCCCAGGAGCUAGCCGCUAGAGGGAACAGAACUGUUAAAGUCCGUGUGCCCUUUUCAGUGAAGUACCUUACACAAUGCAAAGAUAGACUAGGUAACUUUUCUGAGGAUCCAGGUAGAUUCAUGCAGGAAUUCCAGGAUAUACUUGACACCUUUGAUUGGACCUGGGAAGAUCUAGACAUAAUUUUUUCUCAUUGUUGCUCUUCUGGUGAAAAACACCAUAUUUGGGUUGCUGCCCAACAAUUUGCUGAUGAACAACAUGCCAUUAAUGGCACAUUUCCCUUAGGUGCAUAUGCGGUACCCAAUUGUGACCCCCUCUGGAACUACGAGCCCAAGCAAAGAGGGAGCACACAGGUAUUAAUGAUGAUCCAGUAUCUCCAGGAGGGCAUGAGGAGAGAUGCCAAGACAAGGGCUGACUAUAGCAAGAUAAAAGAAGUAAUUCAGGGGCCGGAUGAAAACCCUGCCCUCUUUAAGAGGAGACUUACAGAAGCUCUUAGAAAGUAUAGUAGUGUGGAUCCAGAGUCUGAACUUUUCCCUUUACUCCUAAGUAUACAUUUCAUUUACCAGUCAGCCCCUGAUAUACAUAGAAAGCUUCAAGAUGCGUUUGAGACCUACUCAGUCUCUCUCGACAAAUUGAUGGAGAUUGCUUUCUGUGUGUUUAACAAUAGGGACCGGGUAGAGGAAAGGAGGCAGAGAGCUAGGGAAAGGAAACAAAUCCAAAGGCAGCACAGUUUUUGGCUGAUCUUCACAAUGCCCUGACAUCUUUGGAUUAUCCAGUUAGAGCCCCCCAGAAAGCAACAGGUAAAGGAGCUUGCUACAACUGCCAGCAACCAGGACAUUGGAGUCGAGAAUGUCCUCAAAGACGACAGCUGCCAAAAGCACCAUGCCCCAUCUGUAAACUGAAGGGGCACUGGAAGAAGGAUUGUCCACAGUUCCGAAGGGAGUUGGGAUCAAGCCCUUAAGGGGAGUUGUUUGCCAUGUCUGAUUGAAGUUGCCAAAGGCCCUGAACAACCCCCUCUACACCCAUCCCCAUUGGAGGGGAGGACAGUAGGGUGAUUCUGGACAUCUUUGGUAAGCCUGUCUGAUUCCUGUCAAUCCAGUAACUACCUUUCAAUACUGCUUUUUCAUUAUGGAUCACUGUCCUCAAGUCCUACUCUGAUCAGUGAUAUUUUAUGUUGCCCUAUCCUGCCUGUUGGGAAGUCAAAUGAUCAUCUCCCUCUAGUUCUCUAGCUCCUAAUGUCAGAUCAUCUACCUCCUACCCUGGCUAGAGACUUCCAGAAGUCUGUGGGGGAUUUUUU